UCAUCACUCCGGAGACCUGUCACUGAUGGAAGCCAGAAAUCUAAAGGAAGCAGAAGAGUACACUUUUCUGAUGGUCUUAACCCUGGGGAUGAGUUAGUGGAGGAACCAAUGACUUCAGUGUCACGCUCAUCACGCUCCAAAUCAGAGGGUGCCUCAAUUGUAGCUGAGGGUCUGGCUGCCACCAUGUCUGGGGGCAGUAGAAGGCAACCUCUCUCAAGAUCAAGUAAGAAAAGUCUGAUUCCUAAAGAUGGAGUUUCUCUUCCGCCUGUUAUCAUAGCAACAGAAACCAAAGGAGAGUAUGUAGUUGAAGAGAACCCCAAAGUUGAAAAAUUAAUGCCAGAAUUACGUAAUGACACUCCAAAUCCAGUUGUAUUUGUACUUAAUAAAAACCUGUUUGUACUUGUUAAGAUCAUUGACCUGAAUUGCUGUGUGAAUAGGACGUGUUGGUGCUUCUCAACUAAAGGCAUGCCAACGGUUGGACAGGAUGAGUUAGUGGUUGUACUAGAAUGCACACCUGACGAGAAGGUUAUCCCAAGAGAUAUAUUUGUACAUUUCAACAGUAUCUAUCAUGAAGCAGCCAAAGGUAACACUAUUAACGACAUGAGUCACUCGCUGUGUGGUGACAACUUCCUCGGUAGUCGUCAACAUGGCGGAUUUCUUUUCUUAAAGUCAACAUUCCAGUGCCUGCGUAAACUCAUCCUACCGGAACCACCAUAUUUGUUUGGUGUUCUAUUGCAGAAGUGGGAGACACCCUGGGCUAAAGUGUUCCCCCUUAGACUCAUGUUGAGGUUAGGGGCAGAGUUUAGAUAUUAUCCUUGCCCUUUGAUGAGUGUGCGAGGUCGUAAGCCAGUGUACGGGGAAAUCGGACAUACCAUUAUGAAUCUUUUAGCUGAUUUUAAGAAUUAUCAAUACAUGUUACCUCAAAUUCCGGGGAUUACGAUUCAUAUGCAGAAAAAAGAAACCAGGAUAAACUUUCCUAACAGUAAAUACGAUGAGAUCAUGAAAGUGAUUAGUAAUUCGAAUGAGCAUGUGAUGGCAGUGGCGGCCAACUUCAGCACCGAAGCCGACUCUCACUUGGUGUGCAUCCAGAAUGAUAUGGCAAACUAUCAAACGCAAGCCAUCAACAUCCAAAACAAACCGAGGCAAGUUACUGGAGCUAGCUUUGUGGUUUUCAAUGGAGCACUGAAGGCAAGCACAGGCUUAAUAGCCAAAUCCAGCAUAGUGGAAGAUGGAGUGAUGGUGCAGAUUCAACCCGAUAUGAUGGCUGCGUUCCGACAAAGCCUGAGGGAAAUGAAGGACUUUAGGAUACCGUGUGGACCUGUUGGGGACUCUGAACCAGAGGAAGUUGUCAUUGUGAAGUGGAUAGAAGAAACAAGAAAAGUUAACCAAGGAGUGAAGAGUCCGAUAGAUGGUAGAUCAAUGGAAGGCAUCGACAACAUCCGUAUUCACCAUGGAACCGACUUCAUGGGGAAGACACGUGCCAUCCGUUGGACGGAAGUUUUCUUUCUGGAAUCGAAUGAAGCAAUAGUGCAGCAUCUUGAGCCAGUCGAUCUGAGCCGAUUGGCUGAGACCUUGGCAACCUCCUGCUGCGUGGCAUUGGUACAACACCUGGACAGCCUGAAGGAAUCGGGAAUGGCGAAAAUCGCGCUGCGUGUCACGGUGGAUGCUGAACGAGUGGGGUAUGAAGCUGGAUCCAACGGCCAAGCUCUUCCUGCAUCUUAUAUGAACAGUCUCGAUAAUGAAAUGAUACCUGUGCUUCAUAACGCUGUCUCGCAGUUUGAAGAUGGCCCCGUCAUCAUGGAACUCAUCUUCCACAUCAUAGAUUAAGUCAUUGGAACAAGAGGAAAUAUUAUGAAGGCAACAUUUACACAGGAUAUAUUACGAAAAGAGUACAUUGCAGUUGCUGUUGUGUUCAGUCUAUACUCAACCAUAUAGUUGAUUAAGUGAAGCAAUCUUAUAAACAGAAGAAGUAUAUAUAUAUAUAUUUUACUUACUAUGACUUAAAUUGGCCCAUCCUUAAGGUUAGAUUUGGAGUGUGCACUCACUUAUCACAAAAUUACUGUAUAAAAGAAUAGGUCUUCUACCAGUUUAAUACCCAUUGUCUAAACAGAAACUUAUUUAUAUAUUUAACAUUUAUCUUUUGAUGGAAAUAUUCUCAAUUCUGAUACUAAACAUCAAUUCCAAUUAAAUAUAUUUCUAAUUUUAAAAAAAGUAUUCAUUAAAAUAAUAAGAUGAAAUAAUGGAAAUAUUUGUAGAAAGUACUGAUUGUUUUUAUAUACUUAGAUAACAUAUAUUUCUAUAGCUCAGAAUGAACUUGUUAAAUGUUAAACAGUAUAUAGAUUUGUUGAUUAAUAGUAUGUGUCCCAAUACAUUUCUAUAUAAA